CUUUCUUGUUAGCAAUCUGGUUGCUUCUGUAUAAUAAGUAUGCAUUAUCCGUAUCUUUCUCCCUUUUUUCAUAUCGGGGAUCUGACAGGGGUUUGUCGACGCGACCCUGUCGUGUCUUGCUCAAGGACCCCUGACCCGACCAAGUUUUGCUGCUAAUCCUCGAGUUUGCCGUCUUUAGUAUUUCUGUCUCCUUUCCAUUACUCUAGCGCAGUCGCGCAUCUACCCUGCACCUUUGCGUGCCGCCACUCAGUUCACCAUGGUGUCGGAAGCGCCGAAUUCGUCCUGGCAUCCUGCGAUGAUGCCAAAUUCGACCGCCGACCUCCCUCGCGAUCGACCACACAACGUCGUACCCAGCCCUGUGCAAGAGACCGUUGUCGCAGAGGACAGCGUACAACCAUCGACUGGCGCUUGGUUUCAGCAUGACGACGCCGACGAUGAGUGGCUGGCAGACAACAGCAAUGCGCCAGAUCCGCCCACCAAGACAGCCGAACAGGCAGCCUUAGCUGAGUCUGUCCAGGAUUCCCGACCGGACGAAUCGAGCGCGCCGAACAAGCACUUCAGCACAAUGUCCUUCACACGGACUGUGCCGCAUGAAGUGAAUUGGAACGACGAUGAUGAGGUCGAGUGGACCUUGCCCAAAACUGCCACCGACCCCUUCAAGUUCAUGCCCGAAAGCAACCGUACAAACUCGUUCCCCCCUGUGUCUGUCCAGAACGAUGCCGACGAGACACGGCACGAGCUGGAGCAGCCCAUUUCUUUCAACCAGGCUGAGGAUAUGAUUCGCGAAAUCGAGGAGGAGGAGAGCCGGGAGGAGGGGAUACUUCCGGAGGCCUCUACCGCGGUGUUGCAAGCUGGUGCUGGUGCCCAAGAAACGUGGAAUGCUGGCUCAGACGCUACGGUCGAAGACACCCUCGACGCUCGCUUUGAGGAAGGGGUUCCGCUGGUCUCAUCGGCCAAGCAGGAUGCGGCACAGCAAGGAUCACUCAGGGAAGGGGAUGAUAUUUUUACCGAGCCCGCAACCGGGGAAGAGGACGAUUUCUUCCGCAAUGUCCGCCACGAUGAGAGCAACCAGGUUGAGGAUGAUGGCUUUCAACCGGCCCCGCUCGAACGGAAGUCUACUAUGGAUGUGCUUCAAUCCUUGGACAUGGGCCCCAUUGGUGCCAGCUUUGUCCCCUUGGAAGCCACCGCUGAGGAAUUGGAGACAGAGUCGGAGACACCCCAGCCCCAAAAAACGAUUGAGCCGCCCACCCAAGGCCCAGAAAACACACGGGAUUUGCCAAAAGCGGAGGAGGGGGAAGCUCUGGAUUCCAAAUGGAAGGCAAUACUUGGUGAUGACGACGACGAGGGUUUCCUUCCAGAUGAGGAGAGUGAGACAAACCAGCUGGAUCCGACCGCAUUCCUUGGCAGCGAUGAUGAGGGUCUGCUCGAAGACUCAGAUGCUGAACAGCCGGAGCCAGCUAAACCCGCUGCUUCAGCUGAAUAUGUGCCGGCAGUGAAUGGACAGUAUGCGCCGCAGCAUCAGAUUCCAGCAGCUAUCGCACCUCCUACGAAUCCCUACCUGCCGACUGCAUCGCCCGUGGUCGCAGCGAAUUCCUACUUUCCAGCUGCACCAGCGCCGGCAGCCCAACCUCCUGUCGCUUCCCCUUACGCCGUUCCGUCGACAGCGCCGCCAGCGCAGUACGUGUAUGGCGCUCCCUCACCACUCCAGGAAAAGAACAAGGCCCAGAGCUUCGUGAACAAAGCCAAGGGGGGAUACACGUCUCCGUUCGAUCUCCCAAUGGAAGUCGUCAAGGUCCCCAAGAGACGGACCAGCGCUCAGCCGCUCCAGGGUCCGGUGUCGGGGCCGAGCUCGCCUGCCACCGUACCGCCACCACCAAGGAGCACGAGCAUGUACUCUCACCCCCCGCCCCCGAGCAGUAUGCCGGGGACUGGCGUUGCGCGCCCGGGAUCAAGUCAUUCCUCGCACGCUCCCCCGAGCGCAAACAAGUCACCAUCCCAUGAGAAAUUUUUUGAAGAGCUUCCUAUCGCCACCAAGCCACGGCCGGCAUCUCGGCAAAGCCAGAAGAGCAUGCCAUCGCCGUCGCAGCCAAGCCCAUACGGCCCUCCGCCAUCGUCUGCUCCACCAUCUGCGACCUCAAACCCGGGUCCUUUUCCGAGACCGCUUGCUCCGAGCAGGUCUGAAGCAGGUAUCCCAGAGUUAGUUGCCCCGCCUCUUGUCAACCCUUACGCCUCGUUGAGCUCAGCCCCAGGCCUUCAGCCUGCGGUGGCUCCCGUCGCUUCUACUCGUUAUUCCCCCGCACUUCCUGGCGCACCACAUGCGCCUGGUCCGGUUCCGGCCAUAGCCUCGAGCCGAUAUUCUCCGGCUCCACCUGCGUCACGGCCACCCAGCAGCGGUUAUGUGCCUGUCCCAGCGACUCCGGGCCCCCCCAUCCUGCCUCAUCAGCCCCGUACCUCCAGCCCGCUUGCCCACUUUGAGCUUAACCAUGAGAGGACGAGAGCUCAUGCGCCAGUGAGUAAUCCGGAGGGUGCCCUGGCCGAAAGACGAAGCAGUAGCUCGCUCCAUGAAUUCCGACUUCAGAGGAUACCGUCCUUGCCCCCAACAAAGGAGGUUGAGGAAGAAGAGCCUCCCGCGCAGGCUAGAGCAUCUCCCGGAGUCUCAGCGCCGCCUCAACCAGCGUCACCGCCCGUUUCCAGAUAUGCACCACCGCCCCAGGCACGGCAGACACCCCCGCCGUCGGCGAUUUCUGGGCAGACGAUGCUAUCACCCCCCAAACGUGCCAUGUCUAGCCACAGUCCCGUGGCGCCGCCAUACGACUCUGCCCCGCCGGCUCGCUCUCAGACCCAGUCUCCCGGCGCGCUUUAUGGUAACCGAGGCAGCAAGUCUGCCGAGCCAAUCCCUCGUCCGUCUUCAGUGAACGACCCCACGUCCCCCCGCGGCACCGCGUAUGCUCCUGCUGCUAUUGUUCCGACUCUUGCCCCUGCGGCGCCUGUUGCUGCUCCUGGCCGUCCCAGAGGUGCCUCUCUGAAUCUCGACGUAAUCCCUCCGACAGAUGGGCGAGAACACGACCCCCUCCAAAGAUGGCGAGGUGCACCACUCAUCUCCUGGGGCGUCGGAGGGACCGUUGCCACAAUGUUCCCGAAGGAGGUCCCUCGGUACGGCAUGAACCAGAGCAUUCCUACCGUCGUUCGCAGUCCGGGUGAGGUCAGGAUUCAGAACGUCAAGGACAUUAUUCCCUUCGAGGAGCGGCUUGCCAAGUUUCCAGGCCCGCUGAAGGGCAAGUCAAAGAAGAAGGAGACUAUCGCCUGGUUGACCGCCGGCAUUGAGAGCUUAGAACAGGGCUUGCCGACCAACCUCUCCGUCCAACCCUACCUGUCCCACGAAGACAAGCGAGCUGUAGAGCGGGUUCUUCUGUGGAAGAUACUUCGCGUUUUCGUCGAGCAUGAUGGUGUGCUUGAAGGGAAUCCUGCUGUCGAGAAGGCUGUUCGGAGUAUCCUCUCCCCGGAGCUCGAAGGGUUGGACCACUCAGCACCCUACCUGAACGGCGGUGCUCCCCUCGGCUUUGCAGAUCUGACGGCGACAGGGCUUCAAUCUGACGGGGUCAGCUCCUCAACAAUCGAGCAGAUUCGCCGCCAUCUCCUCAGCGGCGAGUGCGAGAAGGCCAUCUGGGCUGCAGCGGAUCAGCGACUGUGGGGCCACGCACUUUUGCUUUCCAACGCCCUCGCACCCAAUCUGUACAAGCAGGUCGCGCAAGAAUUCAUCAAGAAGGAGGUCAACUUCUCUGGCCACGGCAACGAAUCCCUCGCGGCAUUGUACGGGGUCCUCUCCGGGAAUCACGAGGAGAGUGUUGAUGAGCUUGUGCCGAGUCAUGCUCGCGCUGGCUUCCAGCUGGUGGCCACAAACACGGCAGCUGGAGCUUCGAAAGACGCUAUGGAAGGCCUCGACAAGUGGCGGGAGACGCUCAGUCUCAUCCUCAGCAACAGGAGCAUCGAUGACGUUCGGGCGAUCAACUCGCUCGGUGUCCUGCUCUCCGGCUAUGGAAGAGCAGAGGCCGCCCAUAUCUGCUUCAUGUUUGCGCGAAGCUACACGGUCUUUGGUGGGCUUGAUGACCCCGCCUCCCAUUUCGUGCUUGUUGGCUCGGACCACAAGAAGCAGGCUGAGCAGUUCGCCAAGGAGAUCGAACCGCUCCUGUUGAGUGAGGUUUACGAAUAUGGCCAGAUCCUGGCGGGAAGUUCAACCAUACCGGUUUCGAACCCGCACUUGGCGGCCUACAAGCUGCAGCAUGCGCUUGCUCUGGCCGAGUACGGCUUUCGGGACAAGGCCCUGCAGUAUUGUGACGCGAUCGCAGCAGCCAUCACGGCGCAGACCAAGAGGUCUCCGUACCACCAUCCUAUCCUGGAAAUGGCUGUUGAGGAUCUCAUGAGGCGCCUAAAGCAGGCUCCCAGGGAGGAGUCCAGUUCUUGGAUCCCCAAGCCGAGCAUGAACAAAGUAUCUGACACGGUGUGGAGCAAAUUCAACAAGUUCGUCUCGGGCGACGACGAGGCCUCAGGUCAAGGAUCUCCAGUAGAGGGAGAAUCCGGCCCGUUCGCGCGUGUCGCGGGAGGCACACCGACCAUCAGCCGGUCGCCUUCGCUCGCCAAUCUGGAGACGUUUGGCGCUGCCGUUCCGAACUACGGCAUGCCCGCUCCUAUGUCCAACGGCCCCGUGCCGGUUUCGGCGCCGCCGACUAGGGCUGCCUCUCGCUAUGCGCCGGGAGCGCCCCCGCCUGCAGGCUCUGGUAGCAGACCCUCAACCUCAGCGUAUGCUCCCCGAUCAUCGCUGGAGCGGACAUCGGGCGAGUUGAGCCGAGGCUCCUUCGAGCUGCCCAGACGGUCCCUGGAGAUGCCAUCGGGACGCACAGGAAAUCACAGCCCGGUCAGAAGCGGUUCUCCCGCCGCACUCUACACGCCAUAUGGUAGCGAAUCCAACGUUCCGCAACAAUCGCCGUACCGCCCAACUGCCCAAUCUGCACCGCCCCAUGCGCCCGCAAGUGCCCCCCCUCAGGCCCUUGGCUAUCCUGGCGCCGCUGUGAAUGGAGAGCCCUCUGCCCACGAAGCUGAGCCUUCUCCCCAGACAUCGAGCUACCAACCUCCAUCGUACGGAUAUGAGCCUCCUUCAUCCACUCCGUACGAAGCGCCUGCCGAGGAGAAAAGCGAUGCAUCAGAUGGAAGUCCUAACGGCGGAUCUUACGAGCCGCCUUCCUACCAGCCAUAUGGGUACGAACCGCCGUCCUACGAGCCUGAGUCGCAGCCUGCCGACCAGGAUGGUGAUUCCAAUGAGGAGGCGAAGCCGAAGCCCAAGAAGAAGGGCAUCAUGUAUGACGACGACGACGAUAAUUUCCCCCUUCCCAGGCCUGCCGAGAAGUCUAAGGAGGAAAAGGACCGGGAGAAUGCGGAGAUGUUCCGCAAGGCUGCCGAGGAAGACGCCAAACGCGCCGAAGCAGCCAAGCAAGCCAAGAAGGGCUGGGGCCUCACCUCGUUGUUCUUCGGCGGCGGCGGCACAAAGAAGGAGGCCGCCGCCUCUCAGGAUUCCGGCCCCAAGAAGCCCAUCCGCGCUAAGCUCGGUGAGGCGAACUCGUUUUACUACGAUCCCGAGCUUAAGCGCUGGGUCAACAAGAAUGCCGGACCCGAAGAGGCGGCCAAAAAGGCCACGCCUCCCCCGCCCAAGGCCACCCCGCGCUCCGUCAGCUCCAGCCCGGGCCUGCCGCCACAGUCGGCAAGCGUCCCACCCUCGGGCCCGCCCCGAUCUAUGAGCGCGAGCCUCGGCCCGCCCAUGUCCUCGUCUGAUACCAACCUGCCUUCGUCCAACAUCAGUGGUGGUGGUGGUGGUGGUGGUGUGCCGCCGCCGCCGGCGGGGCCGGUCUCGAUGCUCAGGUCUGUUUCCAACACCAGCUCGGCUAGUGCCCCGCAGUUGGGUCAGGGGCCGGCGAGACCGCCGACGAGUCUGAGCAACUCGAGUAGCAUUGACGAUUUGCUGGGGGCGGUGGGGCCGAGGAAGGCUGGGGCCAAGAAGGUUAAGAAGGGGGCGAGGUAUGUCGAUGUUAUGGGGAAGUCUUAGUUUUCUCUUUCGUUGAAAGGGAGCUAGGGCGUUGUGCAUGAGGUUGCGGUGUUGGGGAGGGUGGAUGGAAUGGGAGUAUGGAGAGGAUGGUGGGGAUUCGGGUUGUAUAAUUUCUAUGGUAUUAUGUGUAAGGAGUUCAUGUCGCCGGCGCUGUCUUCCUAACCGAACGGGAGGCCUGUCUUGGCUUGGUUGUGCUGAUGUUGAAAUUCUGGAACGAAGAUGAGGUUAAGCUGUAUUUUUUUAGCGUACACACGAUUCAAUGGACGAGGCAACACGAUUGCAUGGGUUGAGUGUACAGGAUAUCUAACUCGCAUGUAACGUAGACUCGGGGCAUACCACGAUUCUUGUGCAGCUAUCAAGGG